CCUCGUGUAAUUUGAAGCCUAAGGUGGAUUCCACCUCGACACUACACUGUACCCUCAACCUCGAAGAAACUUGACCUGAGUCCCCUCUCCGUGAGUGAAACAUAAUUUGCAAUUGCAAGGUAGCAAUCAUGGUUUACAUUACUUCCUGGGACGAGUUUUUGGAUCGAUCCGUUCAACUAUUCCGCGCCGAUCCCGAUUCUACGCGGUAUGUCAUGAAGUAUAGACAUUGUGAUGGAAAAUUGGUGCUAAAGGUCACUGAUAAUCGACAGUGUCUAAAGUAUAAGACAGACCAAGCACAAGAAGCUAAGAAGAUGGAAAAACUUAAUAAUAUAUUCUUUACGUUGAUGGCUCGGGGACCAGAAGUGGAUCUUUCUGAAGUCACUGGGAAAGAACAAACGGAUGCACAACCGAUUAAAAAAGGAAGAGGAAGAAAGCAAUAACUGAUGUAUCUCUGUCAAAAUAGACUAUGAAUCUUAGGAAAUCAGUUGUGAUUUUGAUAGAUUUUUUAUCCAAUGCGUUGAUCACAUUUACAUUAUUUCUUUUCUGAACUUACCUUUCUCAAAUACAAACUUCAGACCCAGUCACAAAAAGAAAAAUUAAUCUUGCGUAUGGUUUUGUCUUCAACAAAAUUAUUCUCGUACCAUUG